CAUAGUUUUUGAAUAAAUGAAAUAAAUAACUUUUAUAUAGCAAUUAAUUACAAAAACUUUGUCUGCCCUCCCGACAACUGUAUUCGCCCUCCCGGAAUGAAAAACCUGGAUAAAACACUGAUGGGAACGUAUAAUUUCACAAUAUUUAUAACAUUUAAACAUAUUUGAAUUUCAGUACAGUGAAAUUAUUGGGAGAUAUUUACAAGCGACUAUUGACUAUAGUAGACUAAACCAAUUCAAUUCUUCGUUUUGGAUGAAACAAAAAUGGAUUUUCAAAAUUUCCAUCGUUACAGAUUCUUCAGACAAAAACGUUAUUGUUUUUUCCAUUUUUCCAGACAUUUUGUUUCAAAAAAAUCAUUGUGAUAAAAUAUCAUUUUGUCUUUGUUCUUUUGUUAUAGAAAAAUUCGAAGUAAUUCUUAUGAAGAAACGAAAAAUGAUACUAAUUUCAAUGGUGAUGUUGGUCACAAUAUGGAACAAGUAUAUACCACCACAUCUUCUAUAAUGUUGGCCGAAACGAAUCAAUUAGACAUCAUCGAUCUAUCAAAUUCUAAAUAUAAUGAAAGCUGUUUCGACACAAUUGGUCGCAUUCAAGCAGCAGUAAAAAUUACGCGUUUAAAUAUUAUUGCCAGUGAAAUGUUCAUGGAAACAUUAAUUGAAAUUAUCGGAUGUGUGCCUGAUAUUGAUUCAUUAGUUAUUUCAUCUUUAGAAAUGAUACCAAUAAGAUGUUUAUCUACUGAAGAAGCAAAAACUCUUCGUUUAUUAUCAGUAAAGAACGUAAUUACUAAAGUCAGACUUCAUCAAAUGAACGACUUGGCACCCGUUAAGUUUCUUCUUCAUCUUUGCCGUCGUAUGAAAUAUCUCGAUGUGGACUGUACAAAAAAGGUGUUACCUGAAACAAUUUUACGUUUUAUUCUAAUGCACAAGAUCAAACGCAUCUCAAGAUUGCCUGUGCUCUGUUUGAAAAUUCCAGAAGCAGAUAUAGACAUCGUAGACAAAUUAAAAAGCAGCAAUGAUAUUGAGCAAUUGUGUUUCGAUUAUAAAAUCGAACAAAUCGGCAAUAAAAUUUAUUUACGAUUGUUCGCAUGA